AUGAAAAUAGCACCAUCAGCAGUUCCAGGGAGCGAACCUACCUAUUUCGAAGAAGCACCUCUCGUAAUGAGCAUAAAAAACAAGCAGGCCACACUAGUCCACAACUAUGAGUCUCCCACCACCUAUACCACCCACAGGUUUAUCCAAGUCAGGCCAAAAUGUAUAUUUAGCAUCAAAGGAAAGCCACGAAUCUGCUGGGAUUUAUUUAUCAUAGCCCUCGCCCUAUACAAUUGCAUUUACCUUCCGUUUUUUGUGGCCUUCACACCUGAUAGACUGUGAUCAGGUGGGAUUAUUGCUGUCAAUAUCAUUAUUGAUGUCAUUUUCUUUCUCGACAUCAUGCUGAAUUUCAGAACAAGCUUCAUAAAUGAGCAUGACCGAGAGGUUUUUGACAGCAGAAUGAUCUGGAAACAAUAUAUCAUCAGUGGGGAGCUCUUCUGGGAUCUUGUUAUAACUAUCCCAUUCGAUUUUAUUGUAUAUGGAGCAGGAGAGUCAGGAGAUAAAUACUGCCUUCGGAGAUGAUAUAUAUUAAAUGCCGGAGCAAGCAAAUCACCAUCUUGAGAACUGCACUGGGGAGAUCCAAGGACCUUAAGAAAGAGGAAUGGUGUUGGUGAUGCACCAGUCAUGUUUUAUUUAGCUUGGGAGAGCAGUGUCAGAUUACGCCGACCGCAGUUCGUUCCAGGUCAAGGUUUUACCUCAAGGGAAGAAGCUGGAAAGGUAAAGCCCAGGAGCAUCCUUGAACUAAUUGGGCAAUUUCCUAAUGCAAUGUAAUAAUUGUGCCCUGGGCCAUGAGUUCCAUUUGGUCAACACCUUGAGGAUCACAGCCGAUAGACAGACGGUAGGCAGUUGCGAAGCAAUACGGAGAUAAUAUCCUUUCGAGUUAUCACAGGGAGCUUCAAUAAUCUUAAUUAAUAUUAGUACAGCCUUCUGAGAUGCUUAAAAAUGAUCAGAAUAUGAAGAUUUUCCAAAGUCCAGCUAUUCGUGAGGGCAAAAGAAAAAGUGAAGCUGAUGUAUAGGCAUUUCGCCUAUGUUGCCCGAUAUGGGACGAAAGUUGAGAGCACUUCCUCUCAAGUUUGGUUUGACCAACUUAGGUUGGUCAAACCAACCAGAGAGUUUAGGAAGUUUCUCUCUCCUGUUGGUUUGACCAACCUAAGUUGUCCAAACCAAUUUGAGAGGAAGUGCUCUCAACUUUCAGCCCAUAUCGGACAAUAUAGGUAAAAUGCCUAUACAGGCUGAUUAGCCUGUUGAUCAUCUUGCUACUCAUAGUUCAUGUAAUGGCAUGCUUUUGGUUUAUGAUAGUUGACGACGACAAAGUUUGGGUGCCUCCUACAGAUUAUCUCUAUAUGGGCUACACGGAUCUAUACACCACAACUGUAGGAAAACAGUAUUGGUUUUGUUUUUACCAUGUCCUCUUCUUAUUAGUAGGCAUUGAUAUUGGAGGAAGAGGACUCACUGUCUACGCAACAGUAGAUGUAUUAUAUGCUGCAGGAGCCAUUGUGUGCGCCGUGAUGUUUGGAGAAAUCGCAAACGUUAUGACUGAAAUGAAUAAAAAAGCUGCCAUUUUUGCAGAAGUCCAAGACCAAGUCUAUACAACAAUGAAAAACAUGCAACUCCCUGACGAGCUACAAGUGAGAAUUGCAGAUUUCUUAUUCGCUACGUAUCAUAUAUUAGAGAAGCAUGAAGAGUAUGAAAAGUUUAUUAAGGUGCUGCCUCCAAGUCUUAGAAAUGAAGUAAACAGAACCAUAUAUCGGCCUAUUUUCGAGAGAAAUGUGCUGCUUAUUCAUUCCCCAAGCUCUUUGUUAGAGUUCAUUCUCACUCCCUCCGUGAGUGGGGAAAGUUUUUUGUUGGCUCAUGGAGGGGGUUAUUUAAAAUUCCCAUCCACAAAAAAUACAAAUUAAAUAUUUAAUUGUAAAUUUUAUUUUUUCGAACGCAAGCUGUUUAAUAUUCAAUAGAGUUAGCUUUAAUUUAUUAUAAUAAAUUCUCCUUAUUUAUAAAAAAUAAAAAAUUAUAUGUAAAAAAAAUUUUGUUCGUUUGGUGGACUUUAACUUAAAAAAAGUUGCGGUAGGAUGGGAGUCAGUAAAAUGGAAAACCAAUUUUACCAGCCAGACUAUCCAGUGGUGACUCAGUACAGUGAGGCUGAAGAAUUUUACUUUAUUGCGGACGGAAAAUGUGAAAUUGAAGUGCUUGACGAACUUAAAGCAGCCCACAAAAUCAGGAUUUUAGGAGGAGGUGACCAUUUCGGAGAAAUUGCUUUACUUUACAAUACUGAAAGGACUGCUACAGUCAAGACCACCACUUAUGCCAACCUAGCUGCGCUUACCAAAGAGUCUUUCCACGACAUGAUUAAAAAUUUCCCUGAGGCGAAAGAAAUGCUUUUGCAAUGCGCUAGCAAUUACAUGGACCACUGGAAAGUGUUUUUAAAAACAACAAUGACUAAUAUCCCUUAUUUGCGCUGUCUUUCAGCUGAUAAAUUUGAUGAAUUAAUAUACACUUUAGGCACAAAGCAGUUUGCUGCUAAUGAGUACUUGUUUAACUAUGGAGAAAGAGUUGAUGAAAUUUAUGUUAUUGUGGAAGGCUGUGUCCACGUUACAAUCACAGUAAAAGAUAAAGAGCUGCAUACAAUUGUAAAUCAGGAAGGGAAGGGUCAAUGGGAAAGCGUGAAAAAUAUUGAAAGCGGGUAUAAAAGCCAUUAUGCUAUGGUUUUGGUAUUGGAUGAGCUCAAAAUGGGGAGCAUCAUAAAUUCAAAACUGGGACUAGUUGGAGGAGAAAUGCUGGUGUCUUAUAGAGCCGUGGAGCCGACCAAGGUUCUUGUUCUUUCGUCUAAGAAGUUAGACGAAAUAGCUAAUAACUUCACUCCACUAAAAGCCAAGCUAUCAAAAGUAAGAAAAAACCUUCAUAUAUUUGACAGUGUAAAACAAGACAUUUUGACUGUACAAAUUGGGAUUGAUACAAUAAAAUGUUAUAGAUAUGAUCCAUCAUAUUCUACCAGCACCAAAGUUUUGCUAAUUCCCCUUCUAAGAUAUAAUUUAUUUUUGCAAAUUUAUAAAAAAAAUCCCAAUAAAAUACAAAAUUGGAUAGGGAGGAGAAGUAAGGUGGAAAAACCAAGUGCUUAAAAUCCUCGCCCGCAAAAAAUCGAUCUCAAAAAAAGGGUUGCCAAAUAUCAAAUCUCUAGUCGAAAAAAUCAAAGCAAUCAUGAUCGCAGAAGAAAGAGGAAUGCACGAAAUUGCUAAUAAAAUCGCUUGCGGCGACCUUGCUGCUGAUACUGUAAAAAUUUUAGACAUUUUGAACGUGGAUGAGCUUGAAAACCCACUCCUUACACAGUUCGCUAGCAAAGCGAAAGAAAUACAUAUGGUUUUCCAGUUCUUGGGUGAACAGUUUAAGUACUACAGAGAAAGAAUUGAGGCUUUCGACAAAGACUGCAAUAAUUUGCAAAUGAGCAUCAACGAAAUUAACUCUAUGCUUGACACGAUCAUCCAGCUUUCCACAUAA